CCUGGUGCGUGGAGGUAUUGGCCCAUAUUCUGUCAGUCUGGUGUAAAUCCAGAGUGACUUGCUUAACUUCAAAGAAUCCGUGUAUAAACAACUGUCCUGCCCCAGAGGUGGCUGCAUUUCAAUGCUGACACCAUCCCAGGAUCCUUGUAUAAAGAGUUGCCACGACCUACCCUGGGGUGGUGUCAUCUCUGCAUCCUAGAGGGAAUGAGGGCGUGGGGGGCAGUGUUAGGCCGUGGCUUAUGACUGAGACCCAGGUUCAAUUCCUGUCUCUGCUGUGGACUUCCUGUGUGACCGUGCCCACAGGAAGUGGCCCUUAGCUGCUCCGUGCCUCAGUUUCCCUAUCUGUGUAAAGGGGGUGGUAAAGCUGCCCUGCCUCAUAGGCAGGAUAAAUCUGUUAAAGAGGGUGAAGCGGGUUGAGAUCUGGUAAAGAAGAAACAGACAUAGUUUCUGUUACUUAUAGACGCGCUGGUGCGACUAGGAGCGGAUUUAGCUGAGAUCAGAAUCCAGCCCAAGUUUCCUUCCCCUUGUGGAACUCGUCCUGCUGGCUGCAGUGCGGACAGGCUUAGGCCCUGAGUCAGAGGUUUCUUGCCGGGAGGCGAGGCCAUGGCCCUCUGCGCUUGGCGUGUGUCACUUCAGGAGGGCAACUCUGCGUUUCUAUCCUCAUUCUGCAGAUGGGGAAAUUGAGGCACACAGAGUGGGAGGAGUGACGGGCCCCAGGCCAAAUUGAGAACCCAGAAGUCCCAGCUCCCACCCUCCCAUGCUGUAACCGCUAGGCUCCACUCUCCUCCCAGAGCUGGGGCAAGCACCAGCCGCCCUGCCUCUCCUCCGCCUAGGGUGCCAAUGCUGGAGCAGGCCAGGCGAGCUCCUGUCAGAGGCAGCAAGUCCAGGCAAGCGGCAGGGUUACAAAACCCCUUCGGCUGCAAGACCGGAACAGACACAAACCAAACAGCAUCCUGGUUUGGCCUGCAGGGAGGGGCCAGGGGCUCUCACGUCCCUUCCCAGCAGUGCAGGGACAGAGCGGGCGUCGAAACAGCUCUGGUGACUGUGGCUGAGCUGUGGAGGGACGGAGCAGAGACCACGUGAAGGCUGCCGGAGGUAUAAUAACCACAGCCCUGGCAUCACAGCCUUCGCUCCUUCGUCAUCACCUCUCCCCAGCUCUCGUCCUCGCCGGAGAUCUCCCCGCUGCUGCUUCUCCCUGCCCCAGAGGGAUCUGGCUCCUAAAUGCAUCCUGGGACGCAGGUUUCCGAGCAAGCCGCCUCUGCUGAUGGGUUAGUUACAGCUGCUGGGCUAUAAAGGAUGCCUCACGAUGUCGAUCCUUCGGGGGCUGGGAACAAUGAUAGCAGCCCCCAGCGUCUGCUGCAGAAUGGCCAGUGCCAGGCCCCAGCGGGAGGCCAGCCCCUGCCCCCCCUGACACUCCUGGACAGGCUCCUGCUGACCCGGGGGCUCUGGCAGCUGCUCAGCCUGGGCCCGGAGCAAGCCACGGAGCUGCUGAGGAUGCAGCCGCCUGGGACGUUCCUAGUGACCGGCGCGGGGAGUGGGGAGCUCAAGGCACUGUCGGUGCAGAGCAGCGGAGAGGGGCACGGAGCUGGAGUCAUCUGCCGUUUCCAGAUCAAGGAGGAUGACUCGGCUGUUUGCCUGGAAGGGUCCCAACUGCGCUUCCUGGGUCUACUGGAACUGGUCGCCUUCCUAUCUGUGAGCAGGGACGUGUUGCCCCUCCCGCUGCGGCUCCCGGCCACCUUGCAACGCCUCGGCAGGGCCGAGCUGGACGCCUGUGCAGCCCUGGGCAUGAGGUUCUGGAGUCCUCCCUUUAAGCCAUCGGCCACAGGCGAGGAAGAGGGAGAGAACAUGGGGUCCAGCCCCGAGCCCCCCAAUCUCCCAGAGAGUAGCGGCCCAGCCUGCUGCAUCCGGGUGACGUCGGAGGACGGGGCGCUCUGCAUCAUCAACCCGCUCUUCUUGUCGGAGCACAGCAGCGAGGGCUGGCUCCCUGCCGGGGUACCGCCCCCGUUCCACCUGCCUGAGAGAGGGGGCACCAUCCGGCUGAGGAACGGGCAAGGGCCCGGCCUGUUGGACAAGCCGCUGGCACCCGCCAGCACUGAGACAGACCAGCUGGGAGCCCCAGAGCCCGGGAAAGAGGGGGAGCCGGGCAAAGGUGAUGAUGCCCCACCAGCCUCAGUGAAACGGAAGCUACUGGUGCGCCGUCCGGCCUGGAACAUGUCUGAGGACUUGCCGUCCCCACCGCCAGCCGAGAGGCAGGAGGGCCCGGCUUCCCCGCACCGGGUCUCUUGGAUCGAGGGGGCCUCAGACGCGCCCUGGGUGCUGAAGAAGUCCUACUCAGAGUCAUCACUGCUGGGCCCCCGGGACAGCCUGCUCCUGCCGCCCAUCCCUGAGCUGGACUCGCUGUCGGUCAGCAGCGUGGAAGAGGAGGCUGAUGCUCACCCGGCCACGCCCCGCAAGAAGCACCAGUCGGCGGCGCUGCCGGGACGGGUCCUGCACCGGCUGUCGGCCGUGGGCAGUGCCCUGACCAGCUUCCUCUCGGCUGAGCGCCAGCUGGCCAAGCGGGUCCAGGAGUUGACGCAGGAGCCGGCCUCCUAUGUUGGGGGCCUGGUGCAGAACUUCGUGGGGCACAUGCUGCGGGGCGGGGCGGCCCGGCACCCCACCAGCACCGACCUGCUGCAGGAAAUCCGCCAGAUGAUCAGCAGCCUCAAGGGCUACCUGUGUGAGAGCUCGGAGCUGCAGGACACCUGGGAGUACGGGGACCUCGAGGAGAUGGACCUGGGCUCUGUGGUGGAGGCAGCCCUGUACAAGUGUGUCCUGAAGCCGCUGCGGGACUGCAUCUACGGCCAGCUCCUGGAGUUCCACAGCCGGGACGGGAGCCUGCAGAAGCUGCGCGAUCACCAGCUGACCAUGGGCCGCCAGAGCCUGGCGGAGCUGGGGGUGACGGCCAGCGUCCCCGACGCCCCAGCCCUCGAGCGCAUCCAGGCCAAGCUGCUCCAGAUGCACCAGGCCUACUCGCCCAAGAAGAAGGAGGCCCAGCUGCUCAAGGCCUGCAAGCUGAUCUACGAGGCCAUGAACCAUGGCACGGGCGGCAAGGAGCUCUACGGGGCGGACGACUUCCUGCCUGUGCUGACCUACGUCCUGGUGAAGUGCGACAUCGUCGCGGUGCAGCUGGACGUGGAGUACAUGAUGGAGCUGCUGGACCCCAGCCAGCUGCAGGGAGAAGGCGGCUACUACCUCACCACCUGGUUCGGGGCUCUUUACCACAUCAGCAACUUCCAGUCAGCCAUGGUAACCCGGCAGAUCAGCAUUGAAGCGCAGGACUCCAUCCACCGGUGGCAGCGCCGGCGCACCAUCCACCACAACCAACACAACCGGCGCCGCUCCCAGGACAUUCUCUACGUCUCCUUCCAAGAGCCCUUCACGAACCAGAAGGCCAUCCCCGUCCCUGCCCACAUGACAGCAGCCUCACUGUGUGUGAUAUGCAGCAAGAAAUAUGGCGUCUCCAACCCAGAGGCCUAUGGUCUCUUCCUGGUGACGGAUAGCACCUCCCAGCUCCUGGCGGGGGACAGUCUCCCCCAGCAGAUCCGCUCGGCGUCCCUCAAAUCCCAAAGCGCCUCUUGCUGCUUCGUUUACAAGCUGAAGGGAGAGGACCCGGAAGCCCCAUCAGAGGGCAAUGGCCUGCGUCCUGCUCAGGAACCAAUAUAAGGCCGGUGGAGAGACGGUGCAAUCAGAGGCUGCCUGGAUGGAAGCGUCCAGUCCGUGCAUCCAAAGUCCAGUGACCUCGGGACUGAGGCUGGACUCUUCCAGUGCCUCCCAGGUCCUAAUAUGUCGGGACGCCUGGGUUAAAAGCAAACUCAAACUUCCCAAGGAUCGGAGCAAACAGGUGCUGGAACGGCCAGCGGAAGCGUGGAAGCCCCAUUGACUUAUAACUAGGAAUGGCCGAAGACCAGGGGAACUGACUGGGGAGGGGACAAUCCUACCGUGGCUAGAGCGGAUGGGGCACCCCCAUCUUUGCAGGGCACAGCUCGGGGGAGUAAGUGUCCUGAGCUGGGAUGGCCUUUCCUUCUCUCAGAACUCUACGAGCCUUGGGGCCCUGUUGGUCAUGUCGGCUCCCAGCUGCAGCCCAGGGCAGGGGCAGGGAUGAUUCAGGAUGCUGCGGUCCGGCGCGCAGGAACUGUUCGGCUCUAGCUGGCUGCCUGAGCGGCGGCGGGGUGGGCAUGUACCGUAUGGGUUUGGGAGGCCACAGCCCAGGGAGAAAGGGUGAGAAGAGCUGCCCCUCUGUGAGCAAACUCAGCCAGGAGGCAAGGGAAAAACAAAUCUAAUAUCCUCUCCGGGGCAGGGCUGGCAAACAUCGCCCAAGGGGCAUGGUAGGGGAUAGGGGUGGGGAAAGAGGCAGCUUGCCUUGAAUCUUCGUCCAUCCCAGGGGCUGCACCAGACCCCCUCACACCUCCAAAUCCAGAUGAAUGUAACUAACCAGCCCUUUAGUUCCCCCCACAAUCUGAGGCUGUUCCAAUACCAUGCUGGGAGCUUUACCACUUCUCUCUAGGGCCAGGAACCCAGCUCGUGGGAAUCCCUCCUUAAAGGGGAAGUGACCUUAAACUUGUGAACCUUCUGCCUACAUCAGGGGCUAUAUAUUUAUAAGACCUUCCCCCCAUCAAGGGAGGGCUAUAAAAAGGACUUUGGCCCACUUGGUUACUCUUUCUUUAAAUAAAAAAAGAGAACCUCUGAAAACGCAAGGCCUGGCGGAGCGUGGGUGGGAGGGUUUGUGGUUGUUAUUCAGUGUAUUACGGUACAUACGCAGGGUGAGGGAUAGGGCUUAGGCCCAGCCGCUGGCAAUGCGAAUUAAGCAUCUAAGUUCUUUUUGAGGCCCUGGGCCUAAAUGGACAAAGGAGGGGAGGGGGAACUGAGGCACAAAAUGGGGGAGG